UUGUGGGGUUUCCUGUGUGCCUAGAUGAAGGGGAUUCUGCUAAACACACACUUCCUCAUGCAAUCUGCUCAGUAUGGAGGCUGUCCCAAGUCACAUCUGUCUAAUGUUUCACUCUGAUUCAAGCUAACCCAGGGCUACAAUAAAUCUAGCCUUGUGCCCCACCCUAAACAAACCCAUUCAGCUGCUAGAAAGGGAAAAAAAGUGAAUAAACACCUUUUUUUUCUGCUAAGUGGAAUUCACUCUCCAGCAGGUCCUGUCUGUGCUGGAUGCUUUUAAUCUGGGCUGUGGAACUGUCUGACAGACAGAAAGGAGAAACUCAGAUCACUGAGGUGGAACCUUAACAAACAUUGCUGCCCGCCUGGCAUUGGAAGGAAUUCUGGAGUCUGGAGAUUUGGGAUAACUGUACAGUGAAGAGUGGGAUACGAGCAGCUGCACCCUAGUAUUCACCUCUAGGCAGGCCUAAGUGAUCUUAAUCUAACUUCAAUGAGGUGUAUAUUCUAAUCGCUUCCUUUAAUUUUCCUUAAAUUGCAGAAGAUUAUUCAUGAAAAACAUUGUCUGCAUUUUGGGAUCUUGGACAGUUAUAUGAAUUGGCUUUAGAUCAUGAGCAUUCAGCUGAUCACUUCCAAACGACAGUGAUGCUUCUGGUGGUGGGCUGGUGAUACUGUACUCAAACUGUGGCAUGAAAGGGCCUGCCAAUCUGCUAGUUGGUGCACACACAGAUCCAUAGACAAGACUUGUGGAGAAGCAGGAAAAUGAAGAUUCCAUUGCUAUUGUGUAUAAUUAUUGUUGUGCUGAAGCCUGCAUUCCUGUUAAGAAAAUCCAAACGACAAAGUGACUUUUGGGACAACUGGGGAGAAUGGAAGGAGUGCAGCCGUACUUGUGGGGGAGGAGUAAGUUUCAGAGAGCGCCAGUGCUACUCCCGCAGGGCAGAUGGGGGAUCGAAUUGUAUUGGACCAACCAAAAACUACCGGUCCUGCAAUGUACAGGAAUGCACUGAGGGCUCUCGUGAUAUACGUGCAGAGCAGUGUUCAGAAUAUGAUGGAAUGGAAUUCCAAGGCAAAAGGUACAAGUGGCUUCCAUAUUAUGGAGCCUCCAAUAAAUGUGAGUUGAACUGUAUCCCUAAGGGAGAGAAUUUCUACUACAGACACAAGAUGGCUGUGCUUGAUGGGACCCCAUGUGAGCCAGGAAGAAAAGAUAUAUGCAUUGAGGGUGUGUGCAAGUCUGUUGGCUGUGAUAAUAUACUGGACUCUUCCAAGAGGGAAGACAUGUGCUUGGUGUGCGGAGGAGAUGGCAGGUCAUGCUAUGAGGUCAAAGGGCAGUACGAGUCACCUGUUUUGUCAAAAGGAUACAGCCAGCUUUUCACAAUUCCCUUUGGGGCGACCAGCAUCCAAAUUAAGGAAGUUGUUCCUACAAGGAAUUUCUUAGCCAUAAAGAAUGUCCGUGGGGAGUAUUAUCUGAAUGGAUACUGGACCAUCGAAUUUAGUCGGGCUGUGGAUGUUGCCAGUACAGUCCUACAUUACUAUCGAGGAACGGAGGGAGAUCUAGCCCCUGAGGUUAUAACUGCCAGGGGUCCAACUACUGAGCCUCUUGUUGUGGAGCUGAUAGGACAAGAGGCCAACCAAGGUGUUCAGUAUGAGUACUACCUCCCUAACCAGGAUAACACAGAUGAUUACCAAUGGAGUUACAGUUCUUGGAGUGAAUGUAGUGCAGAGUGUGGGGGAGGUUAUCAGACACGUCUGGUGUUUUGCACUAUAGACUAUGAAGCAUAUCCAGCCGUUAUGUGCAAGGAGAAGCCUGCUCCAUCCAGCAACAGGACCUGCAAUAGACAGCCUUGCCCACAAAUGAAACGGAUGUCUUACAUGUAUCCGCCAUCAAUGUGGAGCCGAGCAGGGAACACAAAAAUGACCAGCUGGAAAGAGAAUGAGUGGGGGCCAUGUUCAGCCACCUGUGGGGGUGGCACCCAGAGCCGCUCAGUGUACUGUGUCACAUAUGAAGGAAGGGCUUCCCAAAAUGCUGUUCCAGAUGCAGAUUGUGCAGCAUUCACAGAAAAACCAGCUACCCAACAAGUCUGCAAUCUCCGCGCCUGUGCAAAAUGGAGUUUGGGACCAUGGACAGCGUGUUCCACAGAGUGUGGGGAAGGCAUUCAGAAACGCACUGUAUCUUGCACAACAGACUCUGGGGCAGUCGUACCGGACAUUACCUGCCUCAUGCAGAUGAAGCCUCCAGAUACCCAGUUAUGUUAUGGGGAAAACUGCAUUCAAGAAAUUGGCUGGCAUAUUGGAGAGUGGGGGCUGUGUUCAAAGAGCUGCAACAGUGGCAUCAGGAAGCGCCAGGUGAUCUGUGCCGACAAUGAUCGUAACUUCUAUGAGCCUGAGACCUGUGAAGUUCAUGAGCCAGAAAAGCCUUCUGUGAUUGAGAGCUGUAACAUGCAGCCCUGCCACCUACAACAACAGGUUUCGAGCAUGCAAGAUACAUGGGGCUACGAUAAUUCAGAUCAAUUCGUCCUGACCCGAUAUAAUCCGGAAGGCUCCACACAGAACCGCAGACCUGUGGACAGACAAAACAGAAAUGAAGACAACUCUAUUCCCAAUAACCCCAGAGACUGCCGGCAGAACAGAUUUGGUUGUUGCCCUGAUGGUGUAACAGAAGCUAAGGGAUAUGACAACGAGGGAUGCCCCCAGUAUUACUCAGAUGCAGAUGCUAAUGUUGGCAGAAACCAGAGAGCUGAUCCUUCUCCUGGAAUUCCAUCUGAAGAGUGCCGAGCUUCUCACUACGGAUGUUGUUUUGACAACACGAAUAAAGCCACUGGUCCUGUGGGUGAAGGGUGCAGAAGUAAACCAAGUUAUCCAUAUUCUACAAUUUGUCUGCUACCGAGUGCUACAGGACCAUGCGCUGAUUGGUCAACUCGUUGGUACUUUGUGCCUGAAGUUGGAAAAUGCAAUCGUUUUUGGUAUGGCAGCUGCCAUGGCAACAAAAAUAACUUUGCCACAGAGGAGGAGUGCAUGAGUUCUUGCCGGCAAAUACAGGGCAGCAGUACUGGUAAUGUAGAGUACAGGUACCGCAAUAGAGGCAUGAAAUGGGACCGACUGACACACAUUCAUUCAGAGGCCCAGGGAGAGGACAUGCCAGUAGAAGAGAGAAGAGAUCAUAAUCAAGGGAUGGCCAAAACACUUGACCAAGAUCUUGAAGGUCGUGAUCUCUCUGGACAUAGCUAUGAAGACAGCAGAAUGGACAACAGAAGAAAUGGAGAUGUCACAGAGAGACAUGGAACUAAAACAGAAGCUAAAUCCUCUCCGCAUUCUUCAGUUUACAGCAUUAUUUUGGACAAGGUAGAAUUUUCAUCAAUGGUGGCCUUUACAGGACAAAACACUCACCUGCCAUGCCGUGUCAGUGAUUACCCCUUUCCUAAUAUUGAGUGGCUGAAAGAUGGACACCUUAUCUCGCGUUCCAGCAAAUACAGUUACAAUCCAGAUGGCUCUCUGGUCAUUAGUAGUGUUCGCUCAGAAGAUACAGGGGUGUAUAAGUGUUUGGUAUCCAAUGGCAACCGAAAAGAGACACAUCGGGUGCAGCUUCAAGUGAAAGAUCUGGAGACACAAGAAGCUCAGAGAGGGAGUGAAGGUUUAAAGCAGCCAGACUCCUCUGCUUCUCAGUUGAGCAAAGACACCAGAAGUCAUCUCCCACAUUCAGACAGGAGGGGAUCAGCUAAAACCCCCUUGGUUAUUGAUGCAAGUUUGGGACAUCGCACGAGACUUCCUUGCCUUCUAGAGGUUCAUCCCAGCACAAAUGUUGAGUGGCAGAAGGAUGGAAAUCCACUAUCUUCUACAAGGCACAGAAAGCAAGCGGAUGGCUCGCUCACGAUUAGCCGUAUGAGUCCAGAUGAUGCUGGGAUCUACACAUGUACUGCAACAACCGGGGCUGGGCGAGUGGUGAAGUACAUCCAGCUCAAUAUCAGAGGGGAACUGAAAAUCACUGGCCCACCAUCUAGUCUCACGGUGUCCGAGGGUGAAAAGGCAGAGCUCCGUUGUGUUGUUAGUGGGCAAAAUGCAAACAUACAAUGGUCAAGAAAUGGCCUACCUGUGCGUUCAGAUUGGCAUCACACCUUUGUGUCGGAGGAUGGAACCUUGAUCAUUCGCAACACAAAGGCUACAGAUGAGGGAUCAUAUACAUGCAAUGCAUACAACGGCGCCCACUCUGUCAGUGCCAGUGCAGAUAUCAGGGUGCACAAGAGCAGACCAACAGAUCCUCCUUUAAAACUAACAGAAAGGCAUGGAGAAUGCAUAGACCAUCCAGAUCUGGCCAACUGCGACCUUGUUGUCUACGCCAGCCUCUGCUCAAAUGAGUAUUACAGCAGCUUCUGUUGUGCCAGCUGCUCCAGACACUGACCCCCACACAACCCACCAUGGUACAUAGACAUUGUCUUUAAACUUUACGUGCUUCGUGGAUCAUAACCCAGCGGGUAGAUACAAGAAACCUGUGCCUGGACGUUGCUCUGUGAAAGAUCAUUAGUUGGUUUGGAUCCCUGCUGACUGGUUGUAGAUAUUACUUUUCAAAAGCAGCAUUUAAAGCAGAAAGCAGCACAAUAUAUAAAGAGUGUUUAAUUACUAUAUGUUUAAACUGUUUCCAUAUUAGUGUUUGGGGGAAUGUAUAUAGAGGUAAGAAAAGGGAUGAGCUCACCAAAGCCCAGAACAGAGGGAGGCAGCCUGUGCCACUGCGUGUGUUACCCACAGCCGCUGUCCUUUUAAUCCCAUAUUAUAGGCAAAGAAUAAUGGGAGUUUGGUCGCACAGUAAUUGUGGUAGAAAGGUUGCCUAUCCUCAGUUCAAGGAUAAUAAAUGUUUUAUUGAUCUACAA